CCUUUCUACACGUUUCACUUGGUUUCGAAUUUUGGCAACGUGUAACUCGUUUGAAUUGUUUGAAAUUUAGAAUUUUAUUCUAUUUUUUAUAAUAAAAUUACCAUUUAUUUUGAUUAAAAUAUAUAUAUUAAGUUUGAAAUGGCGAAUCCAAUCCCAGUCAAUGAAAACAAGGAAAAUAGAAUUGAAAAUGAAGAGAAGAAAACUCCUAUAUUUACAAUUGAGAUUCUAAAAAUAAUUAAAGAAGCUCAGCAACAACAUGGACUGAGGCACAAUGAUUAUCAAAGAUACAGAGGUUAUUGCUCUAGGCGUAUAAGACGAUUACGAAAAGUUAUGCAUUUACAGCAGGGUGAUAGGAGAAAUUUUCGUAAAAAAAACAUUACUGAAGCAAAUCUUACUGACGAAAGAGCUUUAUACAUUCCAUUGAUGUUAGCUGAACGUGCAUGGAGUUAUGCUAUGCAACUUCGAGUGGAAGCCAAUACAGAACCAAGAAAAAAAUUUCAUUUAGUUUCUAGAUUAAGAAAAGCUGCUACUUACGCUUUACAAUUACAAAAACUUUGUGAGUCUGACAAAUUUGAUGCUCGUACUCAGCUUGAAACUCAAGCUUAUGUUGCUUGGUGUGAAGGAAUGUUACAUUUUGAACUACAAGAAUGGAAACCAGCUAUAGAGAAUUUAAAAAAGGCUCAAAUGAUAUAUGAAAAAUUAGCAUCCGCCCUAAAUGAAGAAGAUGCAAUUUUAUAUAGAAACAAAUAUGAAGAAUUAGAACCUAGUUUACGAUAUUGUGCAUAUAAUAUUGGCAAUGAAACUGACGUUAAUCAGUUAUUACAUUUACGUAAUCAAGCUCAAGGGGACUUAUUAGUUACACUAGACGCACUUAUGGCUCAAACACGAGACUCGUUAAGUGAAGUAAACUGGAGAAAUCGUACUGUACCAGUUAAAAAUACUCGUGUCAGAACAUUUUUACUUGCUAAUCGAGACUUUGAUGGAAUGUUAGAUAAAUGUUCUACUCUAGCUGAAAAAAAUGAUUCAUUAGAACAGCAUCUAAUGGACUGUAAAGAUGCGAUGCAUGCAAUUAGAGAUGAUUUAAAAACUGAACAAAAAUUGGAUGGAGCAUCAACAGCUGUAGCAUCAUCAUUACAGUAUCUCCAUACUUACUUGUCAUUUAUUCGCCUGGAAAGAUCAAUACAACGUAAUUUAUUACUAAUUGAAAAUGCAUUAGAAAAUGAAAAUAAACCAGGAUCACUUGGUAGCAAAAAACUUCAAGACAUAACUCGAUUAUAUGAAAUUCUAAUUCAGAACAUCAUAGAACAACAACAACUUCCUGGUCUAGAAGAUGAUAAAGAAUUUCAAGAAAAUUUAAAUAUUAAGGCUAAGGCUUAUAAGGCUUUUAGGUGUUAUUAUAUUGGUCAGAGUUUAAGUACUUUUCAUCGUUGGAAAGAUACUAUGGCUAUGUAUGAAAGAGCACUGUUACAUGCAUCAUCUAUUUUAAAACAAGUUGAUGGAGAUUUAAAAAUGCGUUUAGGUGACUUGAUUAAUGUGAUAGAGUCUUCUAAAUACAGUGCUCAUGCUCAAAGUGUUUUAGAGCAAGACAAUGAAGAACAAUUUAAUAGUUUGAAAAACUCAAAAUUAUUAAAGCUUCCAUUAGCCAAACGCUUAGACGAAUAUUUUGAAGAUCCUAGUAUAUUAGGAAAGGAUCCAAAUGUUAUUAAAUUACCUCCUGAAAUGGAAGAAAUUCCAUGUAAGCCAAUGUUCUUUGAUGUUGCUUUAAAUUACAUUAAACUUCCAACAUUUAAGAAAAUACCAGCACCUUCUAAUUCUGUUAACAAAGAAGGUAUUUCAGGAUUUGUGAAAGGUCUUUGGGGAUGGGGUGGGAAAAAAUAAAAUA